GUCCACUUGCACCCCCGGGUGCACGCCCAUCACCGCUGCCGCAGUCGCUGCAUCUUCGCCGCUCUGCUCAGCUCCCACUGGGCGCCUGAGCACCACUCCUUUCCUUUCUCCCUCUGCCAUAGGUGACAGCAGAGACAGCCAUGUCCCGGGAGCUGCAGGACGUGGAUCUGGCCGAGGUGAAGCCUUUGGUGGAGAAAACAGAGACCAUCAGCGGCCUUCUGCGUGAGUUCGACGUGCAGGAGCAGGACAUUGAGACUCUGCACGGCUCCCUCCAUGUUACUCUGUGCGGGACACCCAAGGGCAACCGACCCGUCAUCCUCACGUACCAUGACAUCGGCAUGAACCACAAAACCUGCUACAACCCCCUCUUCAACUACGAGGACAUGCAGGAGAUCACCCAGCACUUUGCGGUCUGCCAUGUGGACGCCCCUGGCCAGCAGGACGGUGCACCAUCCUUCCCCGUGGGAUACAUGUACCCCUCCAUGGAUCAGCUGGCUGACAUGCUCCCAGGAGUCCUCCACAAGUUUGGGCUGAAGAGCAUCAUUGGCAUGGGAACGGGCGCGGGCGCCUACAUCCUGACUCGAUUUGCUCUCAACAACCCUGAGAUGGUGGAGGGCCUCGUCCUCAUCAACGUGAACCCCUGUGCUGAAGGCUGGAUGGACUGGGCUGCCUCCAAGAUCUCCGGGUGGACCCAAGCCCUGCCGGACAUGGUGGUGUCCCACCUCUUUGGGAAGGAAGAAAUGCAGAGCAACGUGGAGGUCGUGCACACCUACCGCCAGCACAUCGUGAAUGACAUGAACCCUGGCAACCUGCACCUGUUCAUCAAUGCCUACAACAGCCGGCGGGACCUGGAGAUCGAGCGUCCGAUGCCGGGCACACACACCGUCACCCUGCAGUGUCCUGCGUUACUGGUGGUUGGAGACAACUCCCCAGCUGUGGAUGCUGUGGUGGAGUGCAACUCAAAACUGGACCCGACUAAGACCACACUGCUCAAGAUGGCAGACUGUGGCGGCCUCCCGCAGAUCUCCCAGCCAGCCAAGCUAGCCGAGGCCUUCAAGUACUUCGUGCAGGGCAUGGGAUACAUGCCCUCCGCCAGCAUGACCCGCCUCAUGCGGUCCCGCACAGCUUCCGGCUCCAGUGUCACCUCCCUGGAGGGCUCCCGCAGCCGCUCCCAUACCAGUGAGGGCUCCCGCAGCCGCUCCCACACCAGCGAGGGCUCCCGCAGCCGCUCCCACACCAGCGAGGGAGCCCAUCUCGACAUCACCCCCAACUCGGGCACCACAGGGAACAGUACCGGGCCCAAGUCCAUGGAAGUCUCCUGCUAGGCGGCCUGUGUGACCCAGGACUCUGAGCUUGGAGGCAGCCCCUCCCUGCACCCCUCCACCCAUCCACCUGCCACCCACAUAACUCCGUAUUAACCCGAAGCUUAUUUUGUAAGCACGAGCUCUGGCUGACAGAUGGGGUCUGUCCAGGGAGGGGCAGCGGGGGAACCAUCACAGUGUCCUGUUGCCAGUGCGAGUGGCCAGUGCCCAGUACUACUGCCUCACCUAGCCUCAGCAUUGCCAGAAGUCCCAGAACAAAAACCACAGGGCAGCAGGCACUUUGGGGUCCAUGCCUGGGCUGAGUUCCAAGGGAGUCUGUCAGGAGCCUUUCUGCUUCAUCUGCACCCAGGCCCACCCCAGCCCCACCGCAGUCAGCCCCUCCCUGCCCAUUUCUGGGCAGCAAACCCUGUUCUGACUUGGGAAGGGGGAGGGCAGGUGCUUUUGUUUCACAGACAAAGCAGGAAGGCAAAAACACAGGUGGAGCUGAUCCCAGGCUGAACCUGUUGGAGAAGCAGGUCUACGCAGUUAACUUGAAGAAGCUGAGGUUCAAGGUCGGCGCCCCUCUAAACUGUCGGGUGCUGAGGCAGCCAGCCUGUUUGCUGUGGGGCUCAUGCCUAAGUAGGGCAGUAAAGCCAUGUCUUACAGAGGCACAGUUUGGGUCACUGUCUGGCACUGGGGCUUUUUAAGGCUUUAGUUCUGGUACUUGCCUCGGCCACAGCCCCGGCCUCCCGAGCCCACCAGGACGGGGUUCUCUCUUUCCUUCCUGGGAGGGGAAAUCAUGAAUUGGGUUUGUGACACUCCCUGACAUGGAGCCCAGCAUUGUAAGCCAGCGGGACCACUGGGAAGGGGCUGGGAUUGGGGGUGGGAAUUUUGGGGGUGGGUACUGGUUGGGGUGGGUUCCUAGUGGUGGUGACAGAAUCCUGUGUUGUGGUGACUUCAGUGGGUCCUGGCCUGUUUUUCAGGAACCCUGUGAUUGAAUUCAAUCCAGUCUCCGAUGUUCGGGCUCUGGGGUCGAAUCUGUACUCAACUGCUGUACAUGGCUAAGCAGGUCCCACUGCCAUUGGGACUUUGUAUAGAAUGUCUGCCUCCCAGUGGGAAGUGCUGACCAAGGAAAUGCAAGGACUCUGAGCCCUGGGACUCUCCUGCCUUCCCCUCUUGCUGGGCCCCUAACGUUCCUCUGCCGAGUGGGGCACACAGCACCCCUGGCCUUCUGGCAAGGUUGGCAUAGCUGUCAGGUUUCCCGUACUACUGCCCUAUUGAUUUUCAUUUUGGCUAACUAUGGAUUUUCUUCUAGGAAGUUUCAUCAGACCAAAUCGAACAUUGAGUCAGCUGUGUGGGUGGGCCUGGUGAUUUUCAGGACCCUAGGAUUGGUAGAAGGAAGUGGUCCAACUCCCAUCUGGCCAGAGAGGCCAUGAUUGAGCGUAUUUACCACUUACCCCCUGGCGGGGAGGGCAGGGGGAGGGGUCCCUUAGCCUUGUGCAGAAAGAUCCAGGGGUCGUGUCAAGGAUGGCUGGGUGUGGACCCGAGACUGCUGUGUUCAGGCUUUCCAGAGGAGUUUCUUAAUGAGAUAUUUGUAUUUAUUUCCAGACCAAUAAAUUUGUAACUUUGCA